UGAUUUGAGUACGGACUGCCUGAUAGUCAAAAACCUAAAGCUAAGCCUCUCCAUCUAGGUGGCAAUCUCUUCCAUAUCCUAGUUCUCCCGUCAUUCCUUUCCAAAUUUUUUUAGCACCUAUCUUAUCGCUCAUAUGGAAACUCAGGGAUCACCCCAUCAACCACCAACUUAUGGAAACCUAGUCACUGUUCUUAGCAUUGAUGGAGGUGGAAUAAGAGGGAUCAUACCAGGGACUAUCCUUGCCUUCUUGGAGUCUGAACUUCAGAAGCUGGAUGGUGAAGAUGCAAGACUCGCGGACUAUUUUGAUGUGAUUUCAGGGACUAGCACUGGUGGCCUGGUCACUGCCAUGCUAACUGCCCCAAACGAGCAAAAUCGCCCUUUGUUUGCUGCCAAAGAUAUCAAUGACUUCUAUCUUAAGAACAGCCCAAAAAUCUUCCACCAGGAUGGGUCUCCAUUUGCAGCUGCUGGUAAACUGAUCAAGGCUUUCAGCGGGCCAAAAUAUGAUGGCAAAUAUUUACAUAGCAUUGUCAAGGAGAAAUUAAGAGAUAAGCGAUUGCAUCAGACCUUGACAAAUGUUGUGAUCCCAACUUUUGACAUCAAAUACCUCCAGCCCACCAUCUUUUCUAGCUAUCAGGUGAAGAAUGAUCCAUCCACCGAUGCUCUUCUAUCUGAUAUAUGCAUUGGAACUUCAGCUGCCCCAACUUAUCUCCCAGCCCAUUAUUUUGAAACCAAAGAUUCGGAGGGCAAAGUGAGGGCUUUCAAUCUUGUUGAUGGCGGUGUAGCUGCUAAUAAUCCGACUUUAGUUGCUAUAGGUGAAGUAUCCAAAGAAAUCAAUCGGGACAGCCCUGACUUCUUCCCCAUGAAGCCCACGGACUAUGGGCGAUACCUAGUACUGUCUCUUGGGACUGGUACAGCAAAAACAGAAGAAAAGUACGAUGCAAAUAAGGCAGCAAAGUGGGGUGUUUUGGGAUGGUUGACUAGUGACAAUUCUACUCCAUUGGUGGAUGUUUUUACUCAAGCCAGCAGUGACAUGGUUGACCUUCAUCUUGCAACUGUUUUUCAAGCCCUCCGUUCUGAAAAAAAUUAUCUCCGAAUUCAGGACGAUACAUUGACUGGAACACUUGCAUCCGUGGAUAUUGCCACCAAAGAAAAUUUAGAAAAUCUUGUGAAAGUGGGCGAAGGAUUGUUGAAGAAACCAGUAUCAAGUGUGAAUCUGGAUACCGGUGUCUUUGAGCCUGCUAAUAGGUUGACAAAUGAAGAGGCUCUCAUAAAGUUUGCUGAACGACUUUCACACCAGAAACAGCUUCGUUCAGUCAGGUCACCACUUGGAAGAGAUGCUCAUCCGAAAUGAAGUUGAAUAUUGUUACUCUUAAAUUAAUUACGAGAUUAAAUACGCUUUUCAGAAUCAAUUUUAUUAUUUCAUUUAAUUGGAUCCGAAUAAAUUUGGAGAGAGGAAUAAAAAUAUGAGUUUGGAGUCAAUAAUUCUCCAUUGUUUA